AUGAAGAAAAUAAAUGAUGUUGCUCCAGAUGCUAUAGAAUACCUUGAGAGAGACCAUAAUAGGAUUUGGUACAGAAGUGGAUUCUCAGAAGCUAGCAAAUGUGAUUACUUAACAAACAAUGUUUCUGAGAGUUUCAAUGCACAGAUAAGGCAUUUGAAAGGCCUGCUGUUGCAUGAGUUGGUAGAUGGUUUGAGAGAAUUGUUCAUGGAGGAGGUUGUCAAGAUUGUGAGGAGUGAUGAUGACAUUGCAGAGGUGACACUAAUUGAUAGGUGGAACAACACUAGAAGGCAUUCUGUAGAUCUUAAAAACCAAAAAUGUUCAUGCAGAGAGUGGCAAAUAACAGGCAAACCCUGCAGACAUGCCUUGGCUUGGAUAUUGUCCAACAGAGGUGUCAACAUUGGGGAUUAUGUGCAUGAGUAUUAUUCAGUUGCAAGGUUUAGGGCUGCUUAUGAGGGUAGAGUUGAAGCAUUGCCAGACAGGUCACGAUGGCCAGCUGUGGACCUUGGAUUCAAAGUGUACCCUCCAUUGUUGGGAAGAUCUGCAGGAAGGCCAAGGAAAGUGAGGAUCAGGGGCUGCCUAGAGAAAAAUGCUACAAAAAAGAAGGUGAAAUGUAGCAGAUGCAAAGAAUUUGGUCGCUUUGCUAAGACAUGUCAGAUGCCAGUAGUUGGAGAAGAUGGGGAAAGUGCAACACCAAAGAGGAAGAUGCCUGCUACUGAUGACAUUGCUGGGCCAUCUCAGAAUAAAAAGAAGACCCCCAAGAAGAAGAAAAGCCCCAAGAGGAAGAAGACCCCCAAGAAGAAAAAGACCCCAGCCAAGAAGCAAGCUGAAGCAGCUCCUGCUCCACGUGUUGUCAGGAGUCUAAAAGCUUGGCUCAACACUUGAAGCAUUUGGUCAAGAGUCAAGACUUGAAGCUUGAAGCUUGGCUCACCUCAGACUUUUGGAAUGUAAUUUGUCUGUUAGCAAGGCUAUGAACUUGUCUUUUUUGAAGUCAUGCUUUGGUCAAGUCUGUGAACUUGUUAGCUGUGAACUUCUUGUCAAGUCAUGCUUUGGUCAAGUCUGUGAACUUAGCUGUGAUGUAAUGUUGCAUCUGCUUAUCUAUGUACCAUUGUGAACAUGGAAUUUCUGAUUAUCUGUGUUACAACUGUGUUACUUGCUGCCAAAUUUUACUGAAAUUUAAGUGCA